UUGGCGUCUCACCACCCGGCCACCGUAGGACAAACCCACGUGGCUAACCAAAACAUCAUGGCGGCUGGUUUCAAGACUGCAGAGCCUCUGGAGUAUCACAGGAGCUUUCUGAAAGAAAACUGUCGACCAGAUGGACGGGAGCUGUUUGAAUUCAGAACCACAACGUUGAACAUCGGGUCCAUAUCCACGGCGGAUGGCUCCGCCCUGGUGAAGAUGGGAAACACCACCGUCAUCUGCGGCAUCAAAGCGGAGCUUACAAACCCCACAGUGGAGGCUCCUGGUAAAGGUUACAUUGUGCCCAAUGUGGAUCUGCCUCCUCUGUGUUCCUCUCGGUUUCGGCCGGGUCCGCCGGGAGAGCAGGCCCAGGCCGCCAGUCAGUUCAUCGCUGAUGUCAUCGAAAGCUCUGAAGUGAUCAAGACGGAGGACUUGUGCAUUGACAGAGGAAAGCUCUGCUGGGUGUUGUACUGUGACAUCAUGUGUCUGGACUAUGAUGGGAAUCUCUUGGAUGCAUGCGUCAUCGCCCUGCUGGCUGCCCUGAAGAACGCACAACUCCCCGAGGUGACCGUCAACAAAGAGACAUCCUCACCUGAGGUGAACUUCGAGAAGAGACACAGUCUUCGGCUUCACAAACACCCGGUUGCCGCCUCUUUCUGUGUCUUCGACGACUCCAUACUGAUUGUAGACCCCACGGCUGAAGAGGAGAGUCUGUCCACUGCACGUCUCACCGUGGUGACAGAUGAGGAGGACCGGCUGUGCUCUGUACACAAACCAGGUGGGACUUCCCUGUCGGGAGAGAAGCUGCAGGAGUGCAUCAACCGAGCAGCCGCACGGCAGAGAGAGAUCCAGAAACUCACCGACAAAGUUGUACACAGUGUUAAGGCGGCACAAUGA